CAGAGACUCAGGCGCUUCCGCACUCUGUAUCCGUACGGAUAGUGCAAUCAUCAUCUCACUACCUUACCUUACACAGUUGAAUCAAGACACACCCUCAUGCACGCCAACUGCAUCAGCCUGCGUCCUGCAACAGCGUCCCCAAAUUCAGCGACAACUCCAACCUCGACUUGCAAUCCUUCGUUGGCAACACUUCUCAACCGACACCUCCAAGUCAGUCUAAACCACGUCCAGUUCGCAACAACUCGCUCUUGGCCCACGAAGCCUGUUCGAGAUAUACGCUAUCGCCCACUACUAGCGACACCUAAUAGGAGAAUCAAGGACCGGACAGGGGUCAAAAAGGCAACUCGUUUCGCCCCGAUAGCCCGCAUCGCUCCGCACCGCUCCGCAACUUCGACUCGUCGACUCGAAAAACAGACCCGCCCGACCAGCCCAACCUCCCUCCUCCACCGACUCUCGGCGCCGGCACUUCUGUCUCACACACACAUACGCAGUACUCUCUCUCACUCUCUCUCUCUCUCUCGCACACGCACACGCACACCCCGUACGCGAAGAGAUCCCUAUUCCUCCUCGCCAUCCGCCUGUUCCAAGCCAAAGCAAAACACACUGAGGGGGCUACUCGAUCACCACAAGGGGGGGAAAUACUAGAGUCCGAACGCCCACUGCUCGAACCCCUUGUUCUCAUUUUCGCCCUCCAAGAACAAACACACCCUUUUCCGACGACGAGAACCUUCCCGACGCCCACCGCUACAUUGUCGCUUCUCCUACUCCGCCCAACCACCGAUACUCCUGAUCCCGAGUCCACUCGACCAGACCGACUCUCGAGAACC